GUUGUUUGGUUGGAAAUAACAUCUCAAAAAACUGGCGAUGAGCGGUUGAUUCUGUGUUGUGCGGUUUUUGAUUUCAUUAUUUCCCCAAGAUGUUAAUUGGUUACGAAGCUCGCGAUACUGGACUUUUUUGGAAAAUAUUGAGCGGGAGUUUCGUUAUUAUCGCGGUUGUAUUCUCGUUUCCCGGCGCUUUUGCGUUCAACUUGGAUUUGAGUUCUCAUGUUACCUACAAUGGGCCACCAAAUUCCUUUUUUGGAUUCUCUGUGGCAGGAUAUAUUGAUAACAGUAAUAAAAGCUUAGUACUCAUCGGAGCACCACAAGAUACAGACACACUCGAAGGACCAGAUUAUAAAGGAGGUUCUGUAUAUAUCUGUGAUGCGGAUGCGCCGAAUAACUGCCAAAAAGCGAAAUUUUCCGAUAAGCCAAAAUUUCCAAACCAGAAUCUAACACAACAAUGGCUAGGCGCAACUUUGACAAGUAGUGGAUCCAGGGGAAUCGUAGUGGUAUGUGCUCCAAGAUACUGGAUUAAAAAUAAUGAGUAUUCCAGCCCCACUGGAUUCUGUUACUACACACCAAACAAAGGACAACUAAAUUUCAGCGAGUUUUACAAUCCUUGUAUACCUACCACCAUUAAAGAUACAAGCCAUGUAGGUUUAGGUUUCAGUCAGGCUGGUUUCAGUGCUGCGAUAGCAAAAGAUUCAGGAAGAUUUUACGUAGGAGCAGUAGGCACUUAUAGUUGGAAAGGUAAUAUACUUUAAAAUAUAAUAAAUAAUAUGAGUACGGACGGAUGAGCACUCAUUUAAGAUGACAGAACUGUGAGAAAAAGAUUGAAAAUGUAUCCACUAAUCAAGGCGAACACGAACAUGUCGGCUAUUUGAAAAAUGAACACUUUGGGGAAGAAACAAUACAUAAUAAUUUCAACGAAGUGAAGGUCAAAAUUUUCAAUUUUUGUAAUUUAUUUUUGCACAACUUUUUCCUGUUUUUUUUUUUUUAGAAAUUUUCAACGAAUUUAUAACUUUUUUCACAACUCUGUAAGUA